ACUGCUGUUUGGUCCAUCAUGGCAGCUUCUGGCAAACAAGAAGUGUUCGUCAUAACAGGGGUAUCCACAGGUUUAGGCCUUGCCAUGGUAAAAUGGUACAUAUCCCAAGGCCAUAUAGUGUUAGGAUGUGCACGCUCAGCUCAAAAGAUAAAUCAGUUGAAUGACGAGUUUUGUAAAGGGGGCAAACAAAAUCAGUUCUCUGUCGUUGACAUUCUGAACGAGGCAGACGUGAAACGAUGGUCACAAGACGUUACUUCUGGCUUUGGAGCGCCGACUUUUCUCCUCAAUAAUGCAUCUCUAAUCAAUAAUAAUGCGUGUUUGUGGCAGAUUUCUGGAGAAGAGUUCAACAGUGUGAUCGAUGUCAACAUCAAGGGUACUACGAAUGUUAUUCGCCAUUUUGUUCCCGAAAUGAUAAAAGUGGGAAAAGGUGUGGUCGUUAAUUUUAGUUCUGGCUGGGGUAGGAGUGUGGCGGCGUAUGAAGCUCCAUAUUGUGCUUCCAAGUGGGCCAUUGAGGGGCUUUCUAAAGCAAUGGCGCUUGAGUUACCAGCACCGCUGACAUGUGUUCCCUUGAACCCAGGAGUCAUCAAUACACCUAUGUUAGAGACAACCUUUGGAAAACAAGGUGCAGCACUGUAUAGGACACCUGAAGAAUGGGCCCAAGAUGCUUGUCCAUUCAUUUUGUCCAUUGACCACUCUCAGAAUGGAAUGAGCCUCACAGCUCCAUAGUAUUCAAACAGAGAUGAACAUGUUGACCAGCAUUAACGAAGCAUACACUAUUGAGUUGGUAGAAGUGAAGAACAGUUUCCUCAAGAUAUUGUUGGCCAACAUGCAUGUGGGAGGUUGCUAAGCACUCAAGAAGUUAGAGUCCUUCUUAGCUAAACUCGGCUGUUGCCUUGAACGACCUUGAGUGACUCUUACGCUUUCGUGCUUAGCCACUCCCUACAUACAUCUAUAACUCAGUAGUGUAUCCUGUGGUGUUUAACAUUUGUUUACAACAGACACUGAACUGUUCAAUGGGAGCGUGUGCUUUACAUGAUUUAUGUUAAAAAUAAAUUUGGAUCUGAGAUUGGAUUGACAGAUUUGAAGACAGAAGGGAUAUAGAUUGUGAAUGAGGGGCAGAGAAUAUGUGUAUCUAAGAAAUAAAGUGUAGGGUGGAUAAGUUCCUAAAUUAAGCUUGGAUGAAGAACUCUUCCUGUCUAAAUGUUCAGAUCAUAGCUUGUAACCAAAGUCUGCAUCACUGCUUUUUUUAUAUUCUUUGUCUUUACCUAAUCACAUUUUAGCAUUUACUGUUUUAUUUUUUGAAUACUUAAAACUUUUAAAGUUUGAGUUGGUUGUUGAAAUCAUUAAAAAACUUUAAGCAUA